AUGGCUGCUGCAGUCGGCGUCAGAGCAGCUCCAGCGCCGGGGUUAGCGCGGGCUCGGGUUCCGGAGGAGCCGUCGGGCGGCGACACCGAGCGGGGAGGGGAGUCGGGCGGAGAGGACGGAAAGGGAACUACAGUUCCCGGCAGCCCCUGGGCCCCGGGCGCCGCCGAGCGGGCUGCUGGGAGCUGUAGUCCUGCGGGCGUGCAGCCGCGACUGCGCGUCCGCAUGUGUGUGCUGCCCUGGCAGGACUCCGACGGGGAACAGGAGGACUCGCCGGCCGCGCGUGCCCGGCAGCAGCUAGAGGCGCUGCUCAACAAGACCAUGCGCAUUCGUAUGACCGAUGGAAGGACACUAGUCGGCUGCUUCCUGUGCACCGAUCGCGACUGUAACGUCAUCCUGGGCUCCGCGCAGGAGUUCCUCAAGCCGUCUGAUUCAUUUUCUGCGGGAGAGCCCCGUGUGCUGGGUCUGGCCAUGGUGCCAGGGCACCACAUCGUUUCUAUUGAAGUCCAAAGGGAGAGCCUGGCGGGGACCCCGUAUCUCUGACCACAAUCGCACUUGUCUUUGAGACCAUUAAAUCCUAUGACCAAA